GGAGACACAAAGCGACAUAAAGCAUUUCUCCCGCUCUCUUAUCCCGAUAUUCAUACCUAGCUUUCGCUCCCCGAGAUACUCGUAUUUCCUGGAUACUCAUUCUUCUGUGCCUUUACACUCUUGAGGCUGUGUUUCCUCAUCUUAUUCUCCCUCCGAUCCUAACUUCGCGACAGCAUAUCCCAUCCCCAGUCUGGGUUCUAUUUUCGCUCUCUUGGGUCGUCUGCUAUUCUUUCAAGAUGGGUCGAAAACCAUUCGUAGGAGGCAACUUUAAAAUGAAUGGGACGAUUAAGUCCAUCAAAGAGAUUGUCCACAACUUGUCCACAUCCAAGCUCGACCCGAACACUGAAGUCGUCGUCGCACCUCCGAGUUUGUACCUCCUACUUGCCCGCGAACACCUCUCCCCCAACAUUGAAGUCGCGGCUCAAAAUGUCUUUGACAAGCCCAACGGGGCUUUCACCGGUGAAAUUUCAGUUGCGCAAUUGAAGGACAGCGGCAUUACAUGGACAUUGCUGGGUCACUCGGAGCGCCGAACCAUCCUCCGAGAAGAAGACGAGUUCGUGGCGUGCAAGACCAAAGCCGCACUUGAUGGCGGCAUCGGCGUCAUUCUGUGCUGUGGUGAGAGUCUCGAGGAGCGGGAGAAGGGUAUCACGGUCGACGUUGUCACAAGACAGUUGGGGGCAGUGAACAAGUCCAUUGGCAAGGACGGCUGGAAGAACGUUGUAAUUGCAUACGAGCCAAUCUGGGCUAUCGGAACAGGCAAGGUUGCAACGACUGAGCAAGCACAGGAAGUUCAUGCGGCCAUCAGAAAAUGGUUGAGCGAAUCCGUCUCGCCCGAAGCGGCAGAAAAUACCAGAAUCAUCUAUGGUGGAAGCGUCAACGAGAAGAACUGCAGAGAUUUGGCCAAACAGCCCGAUGUGGAUGGAUUCUUGGUCGGCGGUGCGAGCUUGAAGCCUGCCUUCGUCGAGAUCAUCAACGCCUUCAGUUAGAUUCGUGGCUGACAAGGAGGAAGGGAGUCCGCUCCUCAUCUGCGCGCGCUCAAGUGUUUUCAAGUGACGAGUGCAAUGGUCUGGUCGACAAGCGAAAGCCCUAAGAUCAAAACAUUCAUUAGCAUGCGAAGAGCUGCAGCAGAAAAACUAGGAAAUUACAUACACAAUUCCAUCGUCUAGGUCCUCCGUUGUACAGUAGUCCAUGUCCGCUUCGAUAAUAUACCCCAGCAAGGCUGAGAACGG